GGGUGUGUGCUGGGUCGUCCUCAUCGCAUCAGCGCUGCCACAGUGGCCCUCUCACCCGGCCAUCCCCGCCGCGAUGGUACAGUCCAAUCGCGCCUCGAAGCCACGCGGCUGCUGAGGGCGAAGUUAGAGAGUGGGCCGCCGGGGCUGCCCGGAGGAGCCCGGAUCCUACCAGCAACAUGCAGGACGUCGAGGACUGUGUGGCCCCUCAGGACCCGGGCGCGGAAGAGAGCGGCUCCUGCGGCCCUGACGCGGCGGGACUGGCCCGGGAAGGCGAGCGCAGCUCCCGGGAGCGGCCCGCGGCUCCGACAGAGACCGUGAAUGAAGUUUCCAAGCGCAGCAACAAGACUGGGAUGAACAAUGAUUUCCACAUGGAAGAGGUGGUUUUACCUCCAAGCAGGUCUUCAGAAGAGGGAGUGAAAGAUUCAGCUCUUCCAAGACGCAGACCAUUCCUGAAGUCAGGCAAAAAGAAAGAAGAUCUGAGACUGUGCAGCAGCUGUCCAGAAGGCAAGGUGAAAGAGGCAGUGCACAAUGACUUCUGGGACCAUCUUAAAGAGCAGCUCUCAGCUACUCCUCCUGACUUCGGUUGUGCUCUUGACCUUCUGAAUGAUACUAAGGAGAUCUUGCUGUCUCUGCUAUUACCUCGCCAGAACCGCCUAAGAAGUGAAAUCGAAGCAGCUUUGGAUGCAGAUUUCCUCAAGCAGGAAGCAGAACGGGGGGCCUUGGACAUCUCUUCUCUUUCUAAGUACAUUCUCAACAUGAUGACUCUGUUGUGUGCGCCAGUCCGAGACAAAGCUGUGCAGACCCUUGAGGACAUUACAGACCCUGUUGGGUUAUUGAGAGGGAUCUUCCAGGUUCUGGGCCUGAUGAAAAUGGACAUGGUGAACUAUACCAUCCAGAGCCUUCAGCCCCAGCUGCAGGAGCAUUCCAUCCAGUAUGAGCGGGCUAAGUUCCAGGAACAACUUGACCAGCAGCCUGGCCUCCUCGAUCACACCACCAAGUGGCUCGCCCAAGCAGCAGCAGACCUCACCAUGCCAUCAACUUGCCCCAACUCUGCCGACUCCUCUGGUGUGGCUGGUCUUUCUCCAGAUGAGGCAGCCAGCAGCGCAGCCAGCAGCGCUGAGCCCCUCAGCCCCGCAGUGGUGUUGUCCCAGGGCUUCCUCAACCUCCUCCUGUGGGACCCUGAAAAUGAAGAGUUCCCUGAGACCCUGCAGAUGGACAGACCCCAGCUGCAGGAGCUGGAGGCCCAGCUGCAGCAGUUAACCAUCCUGGCCUCUGUCUUGCUCGUGGCCAGCAGUUUCUCUGGCAGUGUUUUGUGUGGCUCACCUCAGUUCAUGGAUAAGAUGAAGCGUCUCACCAAGGCCCUGAUGGAGGAAUUCAACGCUAGGCCUGAGGAUGCUAUGCAGACUUUGAGUGAACAGGUAUCUCAGGAAAUCCAUCAAAGCCUGAGAAGCAUGGGCCUUGCUGCUCUGAGUAGUGACAACACAGCAUCUCUGAUCAGGCAGCUCCAGAACAUUGCCAAGAAGGAGAACUGCGUCCGCGGCGUCAUCGAUCAGCGGAUCCACUUGUUUCUGAAGUGCUGUUUGCUUCUUGGUGUGCAGCGCUCUCUGUUAGACCUUCCCGGAGGCCUCACUCUCAUUGAGCCGGAGCUGGCAGAACUGGGCCAGAAGUUCAUCAACCUGACACAGUACAAUCAGCAGGUGUUUGGCCCCUACUACACUGAGAUCCUCAAAACCCUCAUCCCCCCAGGUCAGGAACUGAAAACAAAAGUGGAGGCCCUCUGACAGCACCUGCUGGGAGCCCUGGCACCUUGGACCCAGAAGAGAGAUCCAGCAUCUUCCUGGGAUAACAUCACCAGAGACCAGCAGAGCAGUGAGCCUCACCUGCCCCUGAAGCCAGGGCACCAAGGUUGCAGGGAGCAAGCCUGUAAGCACAGCUGGCCCCAACCCACUCACUAAUAAACCUCUGAACUGCAAGGAAACCUCCACUCUCCCUGUGCUGCAGCUGAAGCUCCGUGCCCUCAGCCCCCAACCAGCUGAGAAGCCAAGAAGCCUUCGGUAUUCCCUUCUCUGGUGGCAGCGCGCGGAGCUGAGCAGCCGGACACCCAGGCACUAGCGUUGGUCUAAGAGUAAAGCACCCCUGAGAACUCUGGGAUAGAUCUAAAAUGUGAAUACAAGUGUUUCCUCCAGUUCUGUUCAGGGGAGCACAUGUUUUAAAGAAGUUAGAUCAUUUUCAGGCAGAGGUUGUCUUGAAGGUUCCAGGUGACACAGCAGUACAUCCUCUUCUGCAUGUUCGCAAGCAAUAUGCACGGGCCUAGCCACAGCAAGCAUUCUGUUGAGGCUUUCAACAUUGGUGGGGUAUUCUGUCGGUCUCUGUCUCGUGUGUGUGUGUGUGUGUGUGUGUGUGUGUGUCUGUCUGUCUGUCUGUCUGUCUCUGUCUCUGUCCGCCUGCCUCUCUCUCGCUCUCUGAGUUUAGCUUGGCCUCUGAAAUCAGGGACUGACUUGGAUCAGUUCAUCCCUGCUGCUGUUCUCCAGCCCAGCGAGUCUCCUCUAAGCUUUCAGUCAUCUCUAAGCUUUUAGAGGUGGAACAGCCGCCUUCUUCCCAUUUGCAGUUUGUUCUGUUGUGGUUGUCAUCUCUCCCUGUUGGCUUUCAUUAAAUAAGAGGUAUUGUAGAAGCUAAUGCUAGCAUGUUCUCACCAUUUAGGGGACUGCGGGAGCAGAGUAUAACAUGCUUAUUUAGGAACACACCACAAGGGGGAGCCUGGGUUCCACCAGAUUGCAGGGUGUUUUCCUCGGUGGCAUCUUUUUUAGAGAGAAUUCUAGAGGGGCAACAGGGCUGGGUCAACAGAGUGGCUGGAAAAGCUGGAGGCACGGGUCGUUCAGAGUUGGCAGUCUUGGACUAGACAGCCUGUAGAUGGGGAAGCCCAUGAAAAGCGAUGUGUUUAAUAAACACCUUGGCUAGUUGGA